AUGGGGCGACGCGAAGACGAGGGCGAGUCCAGUCGCCGUCACGGACGCCGCAAGUCGUCCCCGAGUGCCGUACGAGGCCAAGACAACGAAGACGCGAUCCGCAACAAGCUGCGCGAGGCAGGCUGGAAGAAGCGGCGCACGGAGAGCGAGAGCGACGGAGAGCCAUUCCCGGACAAGGACGUUCUGAAGGGAUCGAGCGCGUCGCGGGGCGCCGACGAGUACCGCAGCGCCCGUGCGUCCAGUCGCAGGUCGAGACACUCGCACUCUCCGCGUCGGCGCGAGCGAGAGCACCACCUCACGCGUCGAAAGUCGUCGGGGGAGUCGACGGCGGUCGCCGUCCCGCUCUCGUUCCGCGGCGUCCCCCUCGCGCUCCCGCUCUCGGUCCACGACGCGACGUCGACGUCGUCAUGUGUCGUCGGCGAAGAAGCGCCGGUCGCCGCGCUCGACCGAAAGAUGUCGACAGCGAUGAUGACGAGUGAAGACGGAGAGAAGAAGGUGGGGGAAGAGCUGGAUGAGAAGAAGAAGCAGAGAAAGGAAGAGGAGGUGGAAGUGGCAGAAGAGGCUGAAGAAGAGGAGACGGAAGACGAUGGAGAGGAACACGGCAAGAAGCAGGGGAGACACGACGAGGACGAAGAGCGGGAAAAGGAUGGGCGACGGCACCGACCAUUGUCCUCGUCGAGGAAAAGCAGUCGUCGUUCGCGGUCAGGAUCGCCACGCUCGCCGUCUCGGUCAUCGCGUCGUCGUCGCCAUCGACGUAACUCGUCGCACUCGCGCUCGCAUUCGCCGCCACGCGGUCGUCGUGCGCGACGUGGCGGCUCUCGUUCGCAUUCGCCACCAAGAGAACGACGUCCUCGUGGACGCGAUCAUGACCGGGACCAUCGUAGCCGCCGCAGGGGACGAAGCUACAGUCGUAGUCGCAGCGCUAGCUACAGCCGUCGUCAUCGACCUUCUGGACGCUCUAGCUCGCGUGAUAGACGACGUCGUGAGGCCAACAGCUCGCCAGAAGCGCAUCAACACCCUCCUGCUACGAUAGAUGCUGCUCCUGCAGUCGGGACCGCUCCACCUGCCCCAAGCACGAGCGUGAAUCCAACGAUUACGCAAUUGAUGGCGCAGUAUCCGACGAUGAGUCUUCAGGACAUUAUUGCCAAGAUGCAAGCGUCGAAUGUGACGAUGGCUGCUGCAGUAGCCCAAAAACCAGCGCGUGAGCUGUACGUGGGCAACUUGCCUCCUAACGUCACGGGUGCACAGCUCCAGGAGUUCUUGAGUACGAUAAUUCAGCAGGUGGGGCUCACGGUACAGCCUGGGAACCCGAUCAUCAACACUUGGAUAUCUACCGACGGGCAUUUUGCUUUCUGCGAAAUGCGCUCGGUCGAGGAAUGCAACUUAGCGCUACUGCUGAACCAGUUGUCGCUUCUGGGACAGCCACUAAAGUUUGGCCGGCCGCGUAGUUUUAUGGGUCCGCCUCAACCUAUGCCUCAGAUUUCGGCGCGUGCCCAGACUGCCCUUACAAAUUUGGGGUGCACGCCAAACCCGGCUUGGUUCGCCCAGCCGUCGAUCCCAAGCAUGACUGAAAUCACCGCGGACAUGUCAACUUUACCAGGAGCUACCCUGGGUGUAGUUUCCGAGAUGCAAGCUGUUGUCGCUGGUUCUACCAAGGGCGACGACAGCUCGCAACAACUUGUUAUGUCCAAUAUUCCGGUCGUACUGGCAGAGAACCUAGUCAAGGAGCUAGUGGAGCCUUUCGGGGCGCUUAAGAGCUUUACGUUGGUCAAGGACGCUGCAACUGGUGCCUCUACGGGCAGCGCCAUAUUCGAGUACAAGGAUGAAGACGUCGCUGCUCAGGCAGUGAAAGGUUUAAACGGACUAAGCAUCGGUGGCAUACCUCUGUCUGUUCAACGCCAGUCAUCCAGCAAUGGAGUGGCACUCGGAUCCAUAUCGACUUCGGUCCCUAGUCCUGAGGACCAACCCGGUCCUGUUCUCAAGAUGUUAAACAUGGUUUCUGUGGAUGAGCUAAAAGAUGACGAAGAGUAUGCUGAUCUAGCUGAAGAUGUGGAGGAAGAGUGCAAGCGCUUUGGAACUGUAGCAGGCUUGGAAAUUCCGCGCCCUAAGGAUGGAGAAGAUGUGCCCGGCUUGGGCUGCAUUUACGUUCGCUUCGAAAAGGAGGAAGACGCAGUUUCUGCCUUGAAGGCUUUGAACGGACGCAAGUUUGGCGGAAACAUCGUGAAAGUUACCUACUUUCCGGUUGACAAGUUUGAGAAACAUGCGUUUUCCUGA